UCUCUGAUUGGAGCAGAGGAGAUGUGUCCUGUGUGGCUAUUGGUGGUCGUGGUGGUUGUGGGCGGAGCCAGAGGAGCUGUCAGUCAAUGCUGGGAACAUCCGAGCUGCCAGGAUGUGAACACUGAGAGCAGCAUGAUGGAGUGCAUUCAGCUCUGCCGGUCCGACCUCACUGCUGAGACACCCAUCAUCCCAGGAAAUGCUCACCUCCAGCCCCCUCCUCCAUCAGAGCCCUCCUCCUUCAUGACCUCCUCCAUCCCCCCUUCUCAGGCCAAACGCUCCUACUCCAUGGAGCACUUCCGCUGGGGGAAACCUGUCGGACGGAAACGCCGCCCGGUCAAAGUCUACACCUCCAACGGCGUGCAGGAGGAGUCCGCUGAGGUGUUCCCCGGAGAGAUGAGGAGGCGAGGGCUGACCAAUGAGCUGCUGGCAGCUGUGGAGGAGGCGAAGGCUCAGAAGGUGAUGGAGGAGGCAGAGGAGGAGCAUCAGCAGUUCCUGGGAGGCCUGCAGGAGAAGAAAGACGGCUCGUACAAGAUGAAGCACUUUCGUUGGAGCGGCCCUCCGGCUGGAAAACGCUACGGGGGCUUCAUGAAGAGCUGGGAGGAGGGACGGCAAAAACCGCUGGUGACGCUCCUGAAAAACAUCAUGAAUAAGGAGGAGCAGAAGUGAGAGGGGAAAGAAAGGAGCGUACAUGCCUGCUCAGCAGCCACGAGUUCCCGUUAAUAACCAAUAAAAAGUUCUGAAACUGCUGUAAGUGAUGCAUGACGGUCACUGAGAGGAAA